CUUAGACUUCUCCCUCACUUUGUGGUCACUCCCCUCUCCUGUUCCCUUCCCUCUUCCUUCUUUUCCUUCCUACUGUUUGCCUCUCUCAGACGUCUCCCUCACUUUGUCGUCACUCCCCUCUCCUGUUCCCUUCCCUCUUCCUUCUUUUCCUUCCUACUGUUUGCCUCCAUUGCCCUCUCUCAGACGUCUCCCUCACUUUGUGGUCACUCCCCUCUCCUGUUCCCUUCCCUCUUCCUUCUUUUUCCUUCCUACUGUUUGCCUCUCUCAGACCUCUCCCUCACUUUGUGGUCACUCCCCUCUCCUGUUCCCUUCCCUCUUCCUUCUUUUCCUUCCUACUGUUUGCCUCUCUCAGACGGCUCCCUCACUUUGUGGUCACUCCCCUCUCCUGUUCCCUUCCCUCUUCCUUCUUUUCCUUCCUACUGUUUGCCUCCAUUGCCUUGCCCUCUCUUUCCUUUGUUGGUGUAUAUUUCCUUUCACUCCUCCCUUCUGGUCUAUAGUGAAACCUCUGAAUAAGGGACGCCUUGCGGACAUUGAAAGUGUCCUUUUAUUCAGUGGUGCCCCUUUAUAAUACACUAAUGUAUUAGUAUGGGGCAGAACCAAGUGUCCUUUAUAGAGAGGUGUCCCUAUGUAUUAGUAUGGGGCAAAACCAGGUUUGGAGGUUCCAUUUUAUCCUCAACCGUCUCCCAUUUUCUCCCCUCUUCUGUUCUAUCUAAAAACAAACUCCCUCCCCACCCACCUCUCUAUCCAUACGACCCCCAGUUAUCAUCGGUGCAGACACAAAUGCAAAGUAAAGGCGGCUACGACUAUUCCACUCCAGUACCAGAGUCCGCAACACCUUCAGGCAAACUCGUGCGGACGUCAGAGUGAAUUGCUAACUAGGAGCAUCUGUGUAUAGUAGAUAGACAAUUGCUGCGCAUCUGCAAAAUUUCACACUUGUAUUGCAAAACUCCUCUGUAAUUUACCACAUACUCUCUCACUGAUACCAAGUACAAGACAAGUGUUCUGAAAGGGUUAAUUUUCGUCUCUCUCUCUCUCUCUCUCUCUCUGUACACAUACGCACUUUGUUUGCUGGUUUAUUAACUCUUCUCUCACUGGGUGCUCAAAUUAACCCCUCUCUCACUGGGUGCUCACAUUAACUCCUCUCUCACUGGGUGCUUCUCUCUCUUUCUCUUUUAGAAGUUUGUGUAAACAAGUACAAUAGGUGACGGUGUGUAUUAUUUUUUGUAAAAUAUCUUGCUAUUUAUUACACAUUUUUCGUUGUAACCGUAUGUUCUGAUGCGAAAUGUAUGCUACUAAUCAUUGCGCACGCGGUAUUAUAAUUAUGCGCAUGCGCUAAGAUCCGGCGCUAAAUAAAUGCAAUAACAAACUAGCCCCGCCCCUCUCAACGUUGAAGCGACGACGACUGAACUCUAAGCGCCAUGCUGACAAGAGAAGAGUUGGAGGACCUUCGUCCGUGGGUUGGGGGCCAGGUGACGGUUCUGGUGGGCCACCUGAACCCCACUCUAGUCAACCAGAGUCUCGAGUGCGUCGCUAAAAGCUUCAGUCGCCAGUCGACGACAGCUCUGUUGAUGCCGGCACUCGGAGCCGACGCGCCGAAAUUCGUAGAAAACCUGUACAGAAAGGUUUUGGAGGUAAAAUCUUCCAAAUUACUGACCGCGAAACGCAGUGCAGAGGAUGCCUUUGGAAAUGGGGAGGAAGACGCUGGACCGAGAAAAAGGAGGCAAAGUCGGUUCUCAGGUGAUCCUGGGAGUGACUUGGACGUGAAGUCCAUGCUGGCGUCCACCAUGAGAGAGAUAGGCGAGAGAAAGAGAAUGACAUUGUCCACUCUGCCGAGUCCAGCCCCGAGUCUCUUCCCCUCACCGCCCUCUCCUCCCGUACCCAUCUCGUCAUUCCCUGGUGUCGACAGUGCCAUCGAGAAGGCCAGAAAAGCCGCAGAGCUACAAUCGAGGAUUCAGGCACAGCUGGUGGCAAAACCUAACCUCCUAGCCGGUCCUGGUAGCAUCGCAGGUAUGGAUAUGGGAGCGCGGGCAAUGAUCCCCACUAAACCGAUGCCUCUAAUCCUGGACGAAGAGGGAAGAGCAGUAGACACUGCUGGGAAGACCGUCCAACCUCUCAUUAGACAGCCCACUAUCAAGGCCAACAUUCGAGCCCAGCAAAGAGCCAGUUUCAAGAGGAUAACGGAGCAGGUCAAACGGAAGAAACCGCUCGAGAAAGCAGAGGAAAGCGUGUACUUUGACCCCCGCGUGAAGCAGGAGAUGACGGCCAGAAGCAGACGGACUUUCAAGUUUAACGAGCCAGGAAAGUUCAUCAAACAAGGGCAGAUGGUGCGAGCCAAGGCACAGCUCGAUCAACUACAGACCGAGAUUGCGUCUGUAGCUCGUAAAACCGGUAUUUCCAGCGCGACGAAACUGGCUCUACUCGCUCACCAGCGAGAGACGGUGGACAGCGAGAUACCGGAUGUGGAAUGGUGGGAUCAAGAUAUCCUGAGUACCAAGAGCUACCACACUAAGAUGCCUGGCCUCCAUUCAGAGUGUUACAGAGGCAUCACUCGUCUCAUAGAGCAUCCGGUGAUGAUCAAGCCGCCCGGCGAGCUGUCUCGUCCGGUCCAGGUUCCCAUCAUGCUCACAAAGAGAGAGAGAAAAAAACUGAGGAAACAGAGAAGACGAGAGGCGGAGAAGGAGAAACAGGAGAAGAUCCAGUUUGGCCUGAUAGAGAAGCCGGAGCCGAAAGUGAGGAUCAGUAACCUCAUGAGGGUCCUGGGCUCCGAGGCGGUGCUGGAACCGUCCAAAGUGGAGGCCCACGUCAGAGCACAGAUGGCUGAGAGACAGAGAAAUCACGAGAAAGCGAACGAGGCAAGGAAACUGACUCCGGCCCAGAAAAAGGCCAAGACUCUUCGCAAGUUGAAAGAAGACUUGUCGUGCGGCGUUCACGUGACGGUGUACAGAGUGCACGACCUCUCGAAUCAGGCGAUAAGGUUCAAAGUCGACAUGAACGCACAGCAGCUCCAUCUCUCCGGCCGGCUACUGCUGUUUCGAGACAUCAACAUCGUGAUUGUGGAGGGAGGGCCGAAGGGUCUGAAGAAGUUUAAGAAACUCAUGAUGCAUAGAAUCAAGUGGGAUCCGGAAAAGAAGGGAGAAGAUGAGGACUCAGACUCAGACGCUGAGACCAGCCGCAGGCAGAAGAGCAGCAAGUGUUCCAUCGUCUGGGAGGGAAAGAUGGAGAAGAAGUGUUUCGGUGAUUGGAAGGUGAAGGGCAUUCCGACGGAAGUUCUAGCGAGGGAGCAUCUGAGAAGGUUCGGAGUGGAGCACUACUGGGACCUGGCCCUGAGCGAGACCAUCAUAGAACAGGGGAAGGACGAGUGACACCGGCAUAUGGGAAUGGGGGACUGGGCGUAUUGGAGCGGGGGGAAUGGGGGAUCGGGGUAUAUGACAAUGAUAUACAAAUUGUACGUUGGAGUGAGUAUCUUUUCUCUUUAUAUUUUUUGAUUGCCUGCAACUGUUAUUAUCGCCACACUUAUCAUCAUAUUGUGUAAUAAUUGUCUCUCCUCCAAAGAUUA